AUGCUGCAGAGCACUUUGACUCGGCUGGCACUUGCUUCAUGCAAUGACUCCUCAGCUACUCUUCGAGAUCUGGGUGGUCUCACGUCAGUGAUCCUUCUACUCUCUGCCUUGCUCUACAAAGUACUCUACGUGCCGGUGGCAUCUUCCCCCAAAAAAGGCAAUUCCGUUCCGCGCUUGCAAUUGCCUGCUUGGAAGGUCACCCAGUUGUUCUUUGAGAAGAGGUUUGAUUUCAUCAAAGAUGGCUUCAAGGCUACAUCAUCUUCCAUCUAUCAGACCAGUCUGUUCCGACAUAACGCCACUGUUCUUUCCGGGGAUGAAGGCCGACAAAUCUUCUUCAAGGAGAAGGGUCUUUGUUUGUACGAUACAUUUUCGAUCAUGAUGGGCAGUGGUGCUGCUCAAUUUGACCCCCACCAAGUCAGUGGCGUAGUCAAGCGAAUGGCUUCGAUUCAACGACCUGACAAUCUCCAGAAAUUGAUUCCAUUGAUUCUGUCAGAAUGCCAGCGUAAAAUGGACGCAUGGGGUAACGAGCGUAUUCUUGACCCCUGCUCUUCCCUUCACGAGGUCACUUUUCAACUGGUCAUGUGCAUUGCUUCCUUUGAUAUCGCCAAUGAUUCAGUUCUUUCAGCUCGUCUCAAGUCACUUGUCGACACUGUCGACUCUAUCACUAACCCAUACUCAACUUGGUUCCCUUGGUUACCUGGCCCAGCCUUGUUCCAGAAGUUCUUUGCUUCUGUUCAAAUCUACAGGAUUGUUCAAGCGGCCAUUAACAACCGGAAGAGGAGCGGAAUCAAGAGGGAUGAUAUGCUGCAGCAGAUGAUUGAUGAUGGAGAUGGUACAAUUCAAAUCUUCGGGUGUAUGCUAGGGCUAUCACUAGCUGGAGCUCGUGCCACCGGAACAAUAGUGACAUGGCUGAUCAUGCAAAUCUCCUCGGACCCAACUUGGUCCUCGAGUGUUCAAGAGGAGAUUAAAACCUUUCCUCUCUCUCUGGGAACAGCCUUAUCCAAGCCCUCCUCCGAAAUCCCACUCACAGCCUGGGAAUCCGAAACGCCCAAUCUCGACCUCUGUAUACGUGAAACACUGCGCACCUCACAGCCAUACACAGCAGUGCGAAAGAACACCGGACCAGAUCUUACAAUCGGGCCAUACGUUAUCCCCUCGGGGUCUCUCGUUGUCUAUCCAUUUUCGGAUACAGCACUCAACCCCAAGUACUACCCGGACCCAAGCCGCUGGGAUCCCUCUCGGGGAAUUGAAAAGGAAACACCGUUCAUUGGCUGGGGUGCGGGGAAGCAUGCUUGCAAAGGCCAGCGACUUGCUACGUUGACCAUGAAACUGGUGGUUGUUUAUGCUUGGAUGCAAUUUGACAUUACAAUGGUUGAUGGGCAGGGCGAAAAGAUCAAUCAACUUCCCCUUCCCGAUUGGAAUGACUCUGCGACUUGCCGCCCGAAGGAGGAAUGCGGAAUCAAGUUUGUUGAGAAGUAG